CGGACUAAGGCAGGCUCCUCUGUCCCCAGCUGUGUGUCCAUCAAGAGUGACCAGUCCAUGCAUCAAACAAUAAAGUUUGGAGCAGGAGACUCCUCAGAUCAGAAUCCACUUGAUGUGAAGAGGCCAGACUCUCCUGUCCCCAGCUGUGCAUCCAUGAAGAGUGACCAGUCCAUGGAUAAACCACUGCGUUUUGGAAAAGGAGACUCCUCUGAUCAGAAUCCACUUGAUGUGAAGAGGCCAGACUCCCCUAGGCCAGACUCCCCUGUCCCCAGCUGUGUGUCCAUGAAGAGUGAACAGUCCAUGGUUCAACCACUGCGUUUUGGAGCAAGACACUCCUGUAAUCAGAAUUACAGAUGUAGAGAGAUAUCUGGGGCAAUAAAGGACCAUAAAAGCCUUCUGAAGCAGAAGUCUCAGUGUUUGACUGAGGGAAUCUCCAAGCAGGGAAACCCCACACUCCUCAAUGAAAUCUACACAGAGGUCUACAUCACAGAGGGGGGUGGUGAACACAAGGUCAGACAGAUUGAGGCAGCAUCAAAGAGAUCAGUUACUUGUGACAAACCAAUCAAAUGCAAUGACAUCUUUAAACCCUUACCUGGACAAGAAAAGGACAUUAAAACUGUGAUGACAAAGGGAGUGGCUGGCAUUGGGAAAACAGUCUCUGUGCAGAAGUUCAUUCUGGACUGGGCUGAAGAAAAAGCCAAUCAGGAUGUCCACUUCAUAUUUCCUCUUCCUUUCCGUGAGCUUAAUUUAGUGAAGAAAGAACACCUCAGUUUAGUAGGUCUGAUGAAACGAUUCUUUGGGAACAUCCGUGAUUUCAGCAUUUUCACUGAUGAAAAAUGCAAAGUGCUGUUCAUCCUUGAUGGUCUGGAUGAAUGCCGCAUUCCUCUGAAUUUCCACUCCAACCCACAGUGCUGUGAUGUAACAGAAGCAACCACAGUGUCUACUUUGCUGACAAACCUCAUCAAGGGGAAUAUGCUGCCCUCUGCUCUCCUCUGGAUCACCUCCAGACCAGCAGCAGCCAAUCAGAUCCCUCCUGAGUGUGUGGACCAGGUGACAGAAGUACGGGGGUUCAAUGACCCCCAGAAGGAGGAGUACUUCAAGAAGAGAGUCAGUGAUGAGGACCUGGCUAAUAGAACCAUCACACACCUGAAGUCAUCCAGGAGCCUCUUCAUCAUGUGCCACAUUCCUGUCUUCUGCUGGAUUGCAGCCACUGUGCUAGAGAUAAUGUUGAGGGAAAGAAACACAGGAGAGAUCCCCAAGACUCUCACUCAAAUGUACACACACUUCCUGAUGAUUCAGACAGAAGUCAAACAGAAGUACACAGAAAGAAAAGAGACUGGUGAAGGGAUGAUUUUCAAACUGGGGAAACUUGCUUUUCAGCAGCUGCAGAAGGGCAACCUGAUCUUCUAUGAGGAGGACCUGAGAGAGUGCGGCAUUGACAUCACAGAGGCAUCAGUGUACUCAGGAGUGUGUACCCAGAUCUUCAGAGAGGAGACUGGGCUGUACCAGGGGAAGGUGUUCUGCUUUGUGCAUCUCAGCAUUCAGGAGCAUCUUGCUGCAUUAUACAUGCACCUCACUCUCAUUGUCCAGAAGAAAAAUAUUCUAAAAAACACAUUGCAAUCCAUGAUUUGUCAGAUUUUCAGGCCCGCAUCUGUUCCCUUGUCUGUCUGUGAGCUGCACAAGUGUGCAGUAGAUCUGACUUUGCAGAGCAAAAACGGACACCUGGACCUUUUCCUUCGCUUUCUCCUGGGCCUCUCACUGGAGUCCAAUCAGAAUCUAUUGAGAGCUCUGCUGCCACAGGCAACCAUCCAAUCACAGAGCACAGACAACACUGUCCACUACAUCAAGAAGAAGAUCAGGAAAAAUCACUCAUCAGAGAAAUGCCUGAAUCUCUUCCACUGCCUCAAUGAGCUGAAUGACAAAUCCCUUGUGGAGCAAAUCCAAAGCUACCUGAAGACAUCAGGGGGUCUAGGGGAAGCCAAACUGUCCCCUUCACAGUGGUCAGCUGUGGUGUUUGUGCUGCUGACCUCAGAUCAGCAGCUGGAUGAAUUUCACCUGUAUAAAUAUAGCAGAUCAGAUGAAUGUCUGCUGAGGCUGAUGCCUGUGGUCAAGGCCUCCAGAUCAGCAAAGCUGCGGAACUGUGAGCUGACAGGGAAAAGCUGCUCCUCUCUGGCUGCAGCCCUCAGCUCAGGCUCAAGUCUCAGACAGCUGUACCUGACUAACAAUAAUCUGCAGGACUCUGGAGUGGCACUUCUUAGUGCUGCAUUAGGAAAUCCACUCUGCCAACUGGAGACACUAAAGCUGCGUAACUGUAACCUGACAGGGAAAAGCUGCUCCUCUCUGGCUGCAGCCCUCAGCUCAGGCUCAAGUCUCAGACAGCUGGACCUGAGUAGGAACUAUAGUCUGCAGGACUCUGGAGUGGCACUUCUUAGUGCUGCAUUAGGAAAUCCACUCUGUCAACUGGAGACACUAAAGCUGUAUGACUGUAAGCUGACAGAGAAAAGCUGCUCCUCUCUGGCUGCAGCCCUCAGCUCAGGAUCAAGUCUCAGAAAGCUGGACCUGACUUGGAAUAAUCUUCGGGACUCUGGAGUGGCACUUCUUAGUGCUGCAUUAGGAAAUCCACUCAGUCAAUUGGAGACACUAGAUCUGAUCAGCUGUAACCUGACAGGGAAAAGCUGUUCCUCUUUGGCUAUAGCCCUCAGCUCAGGAUCAAGUCUAAAACAGCUGGACCUGAGCCACAAUAAUCUGCAAAAACCAAAUGUCGAGCUUCUCUCUGCUCUUCAGAGGAACCCAGAGUGUAAACUGCAGAAACUAGAGUAA